CACGCCCUGCUUCCAGUACCGCGUGGUAAGAAGUUCAUGUGCACUGCUAGAUGAGCACGCUCUCGCCUAGGGAGCUACAUUUAUUAGUUUAGGAAGAAUAAACACAGUUGAAAAUGUUAGUUUUGUUCGAAACAGCUGCAGGCUAUGCUAUAUUUAAGGUGCUGGAUGAGCAGAAGCUCCAGCAGGUUGACAGCCUGUGGAAGGAGUUUGAAACGCCGGAGAAAGCCAAUAAAAUAGUGAAACUGAAGCACUUUGAAAAGUUUCAGGACACAACCGAAGCUCUGGCAGCUGCCACCGCUUUAGUGGAGGGGAAGAUGGGAAAGACGCUAAAGAAGGUUCUGAAGAAAGUGGUGGCCAAAGAGGCUCACGAGCAGCUGGCGAUAACGGACGCUAAGUUGGGAGGAGUCAUUAAAGACAAGCUGAACCUGAGCUGCGUGCACAGUCCCGCUGUGGCCGAGCUCAUGAGGGGCAUCAGGACACAGAUGGAGGGUCUGAUCACUGGGCUUCCUCCCAGAGAGAUCAGUGCCAUGUCUCUGGGUCUGGCCCACAGCCUUUCCCGUUACAAGCUGAAGUUCAGCCCUGACAAAGUGGACACCAUGAUUGUUCAAGCCAUAUCUCUCCUGGAUGACCUGGACAAGGAGUUGAAUAACUACAUCAUGCGCUGCCGCGAGUGGUACGGCUGGCACUUCCCCGAGCUCGGCAAGGUCAUCACGGACAACAUGGCGUACUGCAAGACCAUCCGCAAGAUCGGUGCCCGCACGAACGUGGCGACAACCGACCUGUCCGAGGUGCUGCCGGAGGAGGUGGAGGCAGAGGUCAGACUAGCUGCAGAGAUCUCCAUGGGAACAGAAGUGUCCGAGGAGGACAUCAGCAACAUCAUACACCUGUGCGACCAGGUUAUUGAAAUCUCAGAGUAUCGCACUCAGCUGUAUGACUACCUGAAAAACCGCAUGAUGGCCAUCGCGCCCAAUCUGACGGUUAUGGUGGGGGAACUAGUGGGAGCUCGGCUCAUCUCUCACGCUGGUUCGUUGCUGAACUUGGCGAAGCACCCUGCGUCUACGGUGCAGAUCUUGGGUGCGGAGAAAGCUCUCUUCAGAGCACUAAAAACCAGACGGGACACACCCAAAUACGGUCUUAUCUACCAUGCUUCCAUGGUGGGCCAGACCACAGCCAAAAACAAGGGCAAGAUCUCCAGAAUGCUGGCAGCCAAGACGUCCCUGGCCAUCCGCUACGACGCGCUGGGCGAGAACACCACCACCGAGAUGGCAAUUGAAAACAGAGCCAAGCUGGAGGUGCGACUACGCCAUCUUGAGGAGAAAGGGAUCAGACGCAUCAGCGGAUCAGGAAAAGCUCUGGCCAGAGCAGACAAGUAUCAGCACAAGAGCGACGUUAAAUUGUACGACCCUUCUGGCGACUCGACGCUUCCAACCGUUGCCAAGAAGAGAAAGAUAGAGGAAGUGGAGGAGGCAGAGGAAGAAGACAAGCCCGUGGAAGUUAAAGCCAAGAAAGCGAAGAAGGAAAUGCCAACAGAAGAAGCUGAAGAAACAGAGACACACAAGAAGAAAAAGAAAAAAAAGAAGAAGCAGGAGGAGGAGGAAGCGGAGAUGGAGGAGGAGGAGGCUGUAGCCGGUCCAGCAGAAGUGACAACAGAGAAAAAGAAGAAAAAGAAAGAAAAGAAAGUUGAGCCUGAAGAGGAGGAAGUAAUCCCCACAGAAGAGACUACAGAGAAGAAGAAGAAAAAGAAGAAAAAAGUUAAAGAAGAGGAAGGACAAUAAAUUUCCCUCUUUAGCAAUUUUUAUUGUACAUGGAACUUUUACACAUCUUUGGACUUGUAGGUCUGUCAUGUCGUCACGUGACUGUCUCGGACCAGUUUAACACUGGUAUCAUAAAGGACUGUGGGUUUGUUUUUGUUUAUUAAAACAAUCAUUUUGUUUUUUUGUUUUUUUUUAACUCCUUUAAAAAUCACUUGUUCAUAGCUCAGUUGGAAAAGUUUGUGCCCUCAUGAUCGUCAUUGCAAAGCGUUUAGCCUUGUGUGUGGGUACGACUGUUUUUUGUUUUGUUUUUUUAGUUUGAAGAAAGCUUACAUAAACGUGCAUUAUCAUAAAACCGAGCUGUUGAGAGAAAUGUCCACUGUGAGGCUGACAUUUCACCUCAGUCAUUAAAUACAUAUUUUGUUAUCUCA